ACAUUAACGGCAGACCCGGAGACAGAAAAUUCAGAAACGGUGGGGGUGCAGGCUUGCGAUUCAGUGUAAUAAUCUGAGUUCUCCAGUUCACAACCGGCGAACGCACGGCACAAUUUUUUUCCUCGAAACGUUCCCGUUGUUUGUUUAAGUCGAUUUCCCUAAUUUGAAAAAAUGGAAGAUUUACCACCAGAACAAAUCUCAGUCCUCAGGAAAGCUUUCGAUGCAUUCGAUCGCGAACGUUCUGGAAGUAUACCCACAGAUAUGGUGGCCGAUAUCUUACGACUUAUGGGACAGCCUUUCAACAAGAAGAUUCUCGACGAACUUAUUGAAGAAGUUGAUGCAGACAAAUCUGGACGUUUGGAGUUUGACGAAUUCGUGACAUUGGCUGCUAAGUUCAUUGUCGAAGAAGACGAUGAAGCCAUGCAAAAAGAACUCCGUGAAGCUUUUAGGUUGUACGACAAAGAAGGAAAUGGUUAUAUUCCCACAUCAUGCCUGAAAGAAAUUUUGAGAGAGCUCGACGAUCAGCUGACCAACGAAGAAUUGGACAUGAUGAUUGACGAAAUUGAUUCCGAUGGUUCAGGAACAGUAGAUUUUGACGAAUUCAUGGAAAUGAUGACUGGAGAAUAAGGAAAUCUGAUGGUGUACCAAACUGGAGUCAUUCGAGAAAUGGAUUCGUCCGUCAACACCCUUCAGAACAUGUUAUUUAUUUUGUACAAAAACAGAAUUUUUUUUUAUACAAAUCACAUAAACCUCUAUCAAACAUAACAUACUUAAAAAUUAUAUUUAUAAAAUACGAAAGAUAAUAAAAUAUUAAGUUUUAACUAAUCAUGCCACAUGAUAUGAAUUUUUGAUUAGUGAAACUGGAGAAAAUCUCUUCAGAUAUAGACAUCGUUUGUUGUAACAAUUAGAUGAAACAUAUACCAUUAUUAUAAAUAAACUGUGACUAAUUUACCUAUUGUUGU